GAGACAGCAGUGUGAAGAGGGGAGCCCUCUCAGCCAAUCAGAAAACAGCUUGUUCAAGCAAGUCGUUGUUGCCAGGGGGAUGACUUUACCCCUACCCAAACAAACCGCGAGCGGAGAUGACAGUUGACGUUGGACAGCUAACGAUAAAUUAGUAAGAAAAGCAGAUAACUAGCUAAAUGACUAAACAGAUAAUUUAACGUUACAAAUAAUAUAUUUAGAUAGCUAAACGUAUUAACGCUAUGUAGCUAUGUUCUAUUGGAAAAUAGCGUGAAAAUACACGGGUUUGAGUUAGCUAACUACAAGUGUCUCUUUAUAGCAAGCUGACGUUUUGAGCGUUAUCAAAAAGGUGCCUGUAGCUAGGUUAACCUAAUCUAAAUCUAGGUUAUAUAGUUAGAUAAUGAGCGGACUGCAGGAAGGAAAGCUGCAGGAAAGUGGAAAUGGGAUAUAACUACAUUAAUUCAUAGAAAAGAACAGAUAGUCAGUGUGAAAUCUCUGCCCAACACAACGGAAAAACACAGUAUGGUGGUUUAAUUACUUUUUCAGUUUAAAUUACACUUUUAUAGCCAGUUAGCUACUAAACAUGGAAACAUAUGAGCAAAUUCUCACUCUUGGAAGUGGUGGAGCAGGAGUCGUCCUGCUGAUGAGACAUAAAGAGACAAAUAAGCUCUAUGCUGUGAAAAGAAUACAGGUAGACAACUCUCGAAAGACAAAGACCAAAGAGGCUGUGUUACAAGAGGCUGAAAUUCUGAGGAAUCUCAAGCACCCCCACAUUGUGACAUGGAGUGACACCUUUUAUGACACAGCAAAUGAGCUCAUUUACAUUGCUAUGGACUACUGUGAUGGUGGGACCCUGGAUGACCAGAUAAAAGGAAGAAAGCCAGAUGAGUACUUCUCCGAACACGUGACUAUGAAGUGGUUUGUGCAAGUGCUCAUGGCAGUCAGCUACAUCCACUCCAAAAAAAUUCUCCACAGAGACAUCAAAACCUCCAACAUUCUCCUAACCAAGCGGGGGAUGAUCAAGCUUGGAGAUUUUGGAAUAUCUAAGAUAAUGAGCCACACACUGGAUAUGGCUUCCACCUGUGUAGGAACACCCUGUUACCUCAGUCCUGAGUUAUGCCAGGACAUUCCAUACAGCACCAAAUCUGACAUAUGGGCUCUUGGCUGCUUACUGUAUGAACUUUGCACACUCAAACCAGCUUUCUGGGCUAGAAAUCUGCUGAAUUUGUUCUACAAGAUAAUAAAGGGUGAAUACAGCCCAGCUCCAGAUCAGUACUCAAAAGACCUUCACUCUCUCAUUGAGAAAAUGCUUUGCUUGGUUCCUGAGAACAGGCCGAGUGCUAGCAGCAUCCUGGGCAUGCCCUAUGUCCAAGAACAUCUCGGCCAAUUCAUUGAGCACCAAGAGACAGAACUGACUAAGGUUAAUGUUGAAUCCAGGCCUCAGACAAGACAAGUAUGUGUUCCAGAGGACAUAUCUGCUGUAAAGAGUGAAGAUGCAACAUUAUCCUGGAAGGACACUGUUGUUUAUAUGGAAAUGCCCACUCUGCAAGAAUCACCAAGUAUGAAAGGAGAUGAUGAGGCAGCUCUUGUUGUGGAGGAGGAGUUGGCCCACGCUACAACUGAGUCUGAUUAUUCAGAAGACUUUGAAGAAAACGAGAGCUUGUCAUCUGUUGAAGGUACUUCAAGGAAGGAUGCCUCCUUCAGUCCUGAGCGUCCGUUUGAGGAGGAGUCGCAGGGUCGCAGCUAUGAAGAUGAGAAAUCCUUAGAUAUGCACUGUCAAGUUGGGUCUGAAUCUCCUCCUGAUGUGGAUGUGGAUGCUAUGGAAUACCCAGAUGACUUUGAGGAUGCUGAGGAGGAGGAGUUGGCUGAAGUGGUGAGCUGUGCCCGAAAUGCCAUUCAGUCCCUAUCAGAAGAUGAUACCCUGGAGCUGAAAGAUUCUGGUGGCCUUUCCGUCACCAUGAGAACUCUAAAAGAUAAGUACAUUGAGGAUGUUGGGCCCUUACUGUAUGAGGAGAUCAGUGGGCACUUUCUGAAUGGCUUGAAACCAGAAGACCUGCAGCCCCAGUUCCAGCACACGAUAGGGACUGACCAUCUGGAGACCUGCUAUCUUAUAUUCAACAUUGAACAGGAGGGUACUACUACAUGUUGAGCAGGCAGCCGUUUUAUUGGGAUGGGCUGAAAUUUGAUUAAAACGUUUUGUUCAUUAUUAAAAUUAUUUAUGCUCAUGGUAAUAUAUUUUUCUAAAGUAUGUGUUUUUUUAAUUAAAAUUAACAUACAGGGCUAAAUAGCAGGGACUUCCCCUAAGCACUACAUUGCAUAACCAAUAGAUGGCAGUCUACAGUUAGAAAAUGGAAUAUAAAGAAAAAAAGCAGGCUUUGUUUGUUGUGUGUUCUGCUGUUGCUGUUGCUCUUUUUUAUUAUUAUAUCAUAUCAUCACUGUCCAAUGAAAAACAUGUAUCUCCAAAACAGCAGAUUUACAGAAGAGCUUUCAAUGAGAGUCAAUGUUAAAAGAGUUUAUUUUGGGUUUAGGAGAAUUUUUAUUAGUCUAUUCAUAAAGAAAUGUUGACACAA